UCAAAUUCCUCAGUUCUAAACUAAACGGAUAACACAGUUAUAGUCACAGUUACUUCCAACACACAUGGCCUCCAUUCCCCUCCUCUCACCACCCACCACCGCCACAAACUCCGCCGUCAGCCACCUACCCUCCUCCAUCACCUCCACCUCCAGCUCCUUCAAACCCCACGCCCUCCACCGCCGCCGCCUCACGCGGCUACACGUGUCCUCUCCCACCUCCUCCACCCCUUCCCCCACCACCACGACCACCUCCGGCGAGACCAUAUUCUUCGACGGCGGGGCCCACUACGGCGACCUCGCGGCGAACCUCCUCCUAGGUUUCACCCUCUUCUGGCUCCCCCUGACCCUUGCGGCGGUAUCACGCGCCAUGUACCUGCGCUACAGGUUCACCAACCUCCGCGUGAGCGUGAUCUCGGGCCUGACGGGGCAGGACCGCAGCGACUUCGGCUACAACGUGAUCAAGGACGUGCAGGUCGUGCCGCGCUUCAUCGGAGAGUGGGGCGACGUGGUCAUAACGCUCAAGGACGGCACCAAGGUCGAUCUUAGGAGUGUCCCCAAGUUCAGAGAGAUCGCCAAGUACUGUCUCCUCAUGGCUCAAAAACCCCUCGUCUUGAACCAAACUGGACCCAAAGCCUUCUAGGGAAAGAGACUCAAAUGAAUACUAAAAUCAGGUAUUUUGGUGGUGUUCUUUCUUGGGGGGUGAGUAGAAUUAUGCAAAUAUAUGCUACUGCUUGAAAUGAAGUUAGCUACUAAUUGUUACAGCACAAUAUUUCUUAUUCAAUUGUUCUGAAUUUUACUAUGUGUGCCAAUUCUACUUCUUUACAUAGGAUUAAAAGAAUCCAACAUGAACGUGAAAUGAGCAAAUUAUAGAAGUGUACUUGAAACUACAUGAAACACCAAAACCUUUAUCUUUAAUAAUAUGAAUCAUUCCAACAAACUGCUUCA